AUGAAAUUAACCGCAGACUUGAUUAACAAUAGCCUUUCACACAUCAAUCCCUUAGGUGACCGUGAACUCAUUCUUCGAGAUUUGAAAAUACCAGCUAUUGAAAAUCUCGGUGUUACUAAAGAUUUAAACGACACAAUUGACUUUACAAACAAUGACCUACGCGUUUUGGGAAACUUUCCACGUUUAAACAGACUCAAAUGCUUAUUACUUAAUAACAAUCGCAUCACCAGAAUUGAAAGUGGACUGGAGACUUAUGUUCCUCAUUUGCAUACCAUCAUCUUGACAAAUAAUGCAGUUGCUGAAUUAGGCGAUUUAGAGCCAUUGACAAAACUGAAAAAGUUGACACAUUUAAGUUUAUUAGACAAUCCCGUAGCAAAGAAACAACACUAUCGCUUAUAUGUUAUUCACAAGCUCCCACAGCUUCGUGUAUUAGACUUUAAUAAGGUGAAGCUGGCAGAGAGAAAUGAAGCUAAAAAACUAUUCAGCACAGAGCAGGGAACAGACAAUGAUUUGGCUAGAUCAAUUGGAGAAAGCAAGUCAAAAACAUUUGAACCUGGAGAAGGAUUAAGCAAUGGAACAAAAUAA